AUGUCCAGACACGAUGAGGACCUAGGCGAAGCUGUUGGUGUCAAACACGAUAUCGAUGUGGGAGACACGCCCCCGAUUCGCAAAAGAGCUUAUCGAAUUGCUUACAGCCAACGAGACUGGUUGAGACAGAAACUCGACGAGAUGCUCAAAGCAAACAUCAUUUCGCCCUCCUCUUCCCCAUGGCGAGCACCGAUCAUCCUCGUGCCUAAGAAGGGAGGAAAUGGAACCCGUUUGGUUGUCGACUAUCGUGCUCUUAACGCGGUCACCAAACCCGAUCAUUACCCGCUUCCCCGAAUCGACGAGACGUUGAACGCACUGCAAGGGUGUGCGUACUUCAGCCACUGCGAUUGCACUUCUGGAUUCUGGCAGAUAGGGCUGACGGAAAGAGCGAAGGAGUUGACGAGUUUUGUCACGCCCUUCGGCGCCUUCAAGUUCGAGAGGGCCGCCAUGGGCCUGCAAGGAGCACCCGCAACUUAUCAGCGAUGCAUGGACAAUGUGUUACGUAAUCUGAGCUGGGAUGUGGCUUGUUGUUACAUGGAUGACCUCGUCAUCAUGGCUCCUACCUGGAAGGAGCAUCUACAUCGCUUGUCUCUUGUCUUAACCCGUCUACGCGAGAACAGCCUGAAGAUCAAGCCAAAGAAGUGUUACUUUGGCUAUCCCGAGAUUGCGUUUCUGGGCCAUCGCGUAGGCAAAGAUGGCAUCGCCACCGACCCCGAAAAGGUGUCUGCAAUUCAAAACAUGCAAUAUACAUCAAUGCAGACACAGAAAGACAUCCGCUCUUUCCUGGGCAUGACUGGCUAUUAUCACAAAUACAUCCCCGCCUAUGCUCACAUUGCUGCCCCGUUGACGGACCUGACCAAGAAGGACCUGAAGUAUAGCUAUGAAGAGCACUGGACAGAGCACUGCAUACGCGCGUUUGAGACGUUGAAGGACUUGCUGUGCAAGGCCCCCAUCCUGGCCUAUCCCGACUUCAACCAGCCCUUCAUCCUGAAGACUGACGCGAGCAACGUGGCCGUCGGUGCCGCCCUUGUCCAAUGGGACCACGAGACACAACACGAAAGGCCGAUCGCCUUUGCCAGCCGCAAGUUGAAUGGGAACGAGCCCAGCUAUGCAUCACAAGAGCGCGAAGCUCUUGCCGUCGUGUGGGCCAUCAAAUAUUUCCGUCCUUACUUGUACGGCCAUCACUUCACGGUCAUGACGGACCAUCGUAGCCUCCAGUCUCUGCCCAAGGCCUAUGAGAAAGGCAACUCGCGCAUACAUCGAUGGUCUGUCCUGUCGCAACACCACUCUUAUGACGUUGUAUGGAAACCUGGAAGAGAGAACGGUGACGCUGACGCCCUCUCUCGUGUACAGGCUACUCACUGGUACCCGUUGCCCCGCUUGCAUGCCGUAGUCACCCCGCAAGACAUGGAACGAGCGCUUGUCUCGUCCCUUUCGUACGACACCCCUCUCCUGACUCUGCAAGCAUUCCGAGACGCACAGAGACAGGACCCCCAGCUGAGUGCUUAUGUCACUUACUUUCUGUCCACUGAUGGCACCUUGCCCGACGACGCCCCCUUAGCUGAGGAAAUUCGAGAGAACAAGGACAGGUUUGACUUGAUCAAUGGCGUGUUGAUGCGCCUACCCGACCAUAGCAAAAGACGGACCCGAUCCCGCCGUCGCCUGAGAUUGUUGUCCCACCCCCGCUUCGGCCACUUGUAUUCGAGCAUUGCCACGAUUCACCUCUUGCUGGACACAUGGGUGUCAAGAGAACGAUGGAUCGUGUCUCCCAGCGUUUUUGGUGGCCUACUUUGUAUCGCGAUGUGA